AUGGCGAAAACGGGACGGGGGAGGCCGCGAAUCUUGGUGCCACCGUCGCCGUCAAACACUUUAACUCUGGGGAAUGGGACUCAAUCAGUGAUCACAGAAGCAUCAGAGAAGAAUGAGAGGAAGGAGGACACGCCAAAGCAGCCUGCUGUUGGAGGUUCAAGCACAAUGAAAGUAACCCUAGAGGAGGUACCGACUGAGGAAGCACAAAAUCCAUCACGAAAGUUAUGGGUUGAUGCGUUAACGGAUAAUCGUAACCCUAAUAAGGGGAUGACGAUGGAAUUCGUUGCACCAAAGAGGAUUAAUGGGGAAAUUGAAGUUGCAAUUGAAAUCGAGGACAUUGAGAAUGAGGUAGACGUCUGGGCACCAUCUCUAAUAAUGUAUGUAUUAGGGGGUGAAGCAAGUAUGAAUAUUGUGAAACAAUACAUGAUGAGGAACUGGAACUAUGUUAAAUUACCUGACAUGUACUAUAACGAUGCAGGGUAUUUUAUUCUGCGUUUCCAUUCUUAUGAUGAUAGAGAUACUGUUAUGAUGAAGGGCCCAUACACCAUUCGUAAUUUACCUAUGUUAUUAAGGGAAUGGAAGCCUGAUUUUGAUAUGAAGAAGGACAUGUUAUGCACCUUGCCAAUCUGGAUUAAACUACCUCAGCUGCCUCUGUAUCUAUGGAGAGCCAAGAGUUUGAGUAAGAUAGGGAGUGCCCUAGGAACUCCUAUUGUAACUGGUGAAUGUACUGCCAACAAAUAUCGAAUUUUGUAUGCAAGGAUAUUGGUGGAAAUUGAUAUUACACAAGAGCCUGUUAUGGUGAUUACUAUCAGGGAUUCAGAAGGACAAAAAUACUCAACUGUGGAGUAUGAGUGGAAGCCUAUCUUUUGUGAGAGGUGUCAGAAAGUUGGCCACAAGUGUGAGAAGAAGCAUGUCACAAAAAAAAACAAUGGGUAG